AGAUUGCCGGGUAGAAGUGGGAAUCGAUAAGGCAAUGACAAGUUACCUGCCCCAUCGUCUCUUAUUAUCGACCACCUCCCGCGCUCCCGAGACUCCCUUCUCAAAUCCCCCUUCUCUUCCCAACCAUUCGACAAUUAUUUCCCAUUCAAAAGCCCACCCAUCGUUUUACGCGACGGCACAUUCGGGUCUGCGUCGAAGAAAGGGGGAAGGAGACGAGGCACCAGGGGGGGCCUUGGUUUUUUCAUUCUCUUCGUCUCUCCUGCGGUAUUCGGCCAGGUAAUUCACAUCCCGAUCUCCGACCGACUCGCAGCGCUGUAUCCUAUUACAAAGAUACUCCGUUUAUACCUCAUCCCCGCCCGGGAGGUUCCGAUUCUGCCGGAGGACUUUUGCACGCUCCUUUUACCGACUUAUCGGGACUGUCGACGCUCUCCCACCAUGAAGGUCUUCUCGAGCACGCACACGUUCAACUACUCGUGGGAGGAGGUAUCGACCGCCAACUGGCGGAAGUACUGUCCCUGGAACGACAAGUCGACGCAUGUCAUAGCCGUCGACACCCUCGCGCGCUCCGUCGACCCCGCGACCGGCAUAUUGCGCACCGAGCGCCUCAUCACCUGCAAGCAAUCGACGCCCGAGUGGCUCAAGUCCAUCAUCGGCUGCAUGGAGACGAGUCGGGUGUUUGAGACGUCGUACGUCGACCCCGCCGCGAAGACGGUGACGAUGGUGUCGCAGAAUAUCACCUGGUCGAACCUGGUCAACGUUCAGGAGACGGUGGUCUACCGGCCGCUCGACGGGCACCGGACCCAGUUCCAGCAGGACGCGCGCAUCACCGCCCUCUGCGGCGGCUGGCAGCGCAUCAAGAACAGCAUCGAGGACACCCUCGUCACCCGCUUCCACGAGAACGCCGUCAAGGGCAAGGAAGGGUUCGAGUGCGUCCUCGCCAUGAGCCGUCGCGUGUUCGCCGAGGAGCGCGAGCGCGAGCGACUCCGCGGCCAGGACCGGAUGUUGGCGUAGACGCAGACAGCGGGCCCACGCCCAAAUGAAACAAAUUCAUUAAAAAAAA